GGGACGGAGGGGGACUUCUCCAGAAGCAAUGAGCGGAGUUGACCGAAGCUUCAGUGCCGCGCCACUUCAGCUGUGAUGUCGACAGAGAGCAGCCUCGAUUCGGGAGGGGGCCUCGUUCCCUCUGCCUCCCCUCAGCCGAAACGCAGGGGACAGCUCUUCUCCACAGCGGAUGAAGACAGCAGCCUGUACUUCACCUACAGCGGGGGGCGCAAUGAGCUGCAGAUCAGAGACCUGCACUAUGAGGUGGACACCGCGGCUCAGAUCCCCUGGUAUGAGAAGCUGUCUGAGUUUAAGAUGCCCUGGGAGAUGCAGAGCAGUAAGCAGACAGCCAUCCACAACCUCAACCUGCGCGUGCACAGCGGCCAGAUGCUGGCCAUCAUCGGCAGCUCAGGCUGCGGGAAGACGUCCCUCCUGGACAUCGUGACGUGCCGGGACGAGGGGGGCUCCGCGAAGCUGGGCCAGGUGCUGAUAAACGGGCAGCCCAGCACGCCCCAGCUGGUGCGCAAGAGCAUCGCACACGUGCGGCAGGACGACCGCCUGCUGCCCCACCUCACCGUGCGCGAGACGCUGGCCUUCGUGGCCAAGCUGCGCCUGCCCACACACUUCUCCCAGGCCCAGCGGGACCAGAGGGUGGACGACGUGAUCGCAGAGCUGCGUCUGCGCCAGUGCGCCCACACCCGGGUGGGGAACGAGUACGUGCGGGGCGUGUCCGGGGGCGAGCGGCGGAGGGUCAGCAUCGCCGUGCAGCUGCUGUGGAACCCUGGCAUCCUGAUCCUGGACGAGCCCACCUCCGGCCUGGACAGCUUCACGGCCCAUAACCUGGUGAUCACGCUGUCUCGCCUGGCCCGGGGGAACCGGCUGGUCCUGCUGUCGGUGCACCAGCCGCGCUCCGACAUCUUCCAGCUCUUCGACCUGGUGGUGCUGCUCUCCUCCGGGUCAGCGGCGUACUGCGGGCCGGCCCGGGAGAUGGUGCCGUACUUCACCGCGCUGGGGCACCCCUGCCCCCGCUACUGCAACCCCUCAGACUUCUACGUGGACCUGAUCAGCGUCGACCGGCGCAGCCCGGAGAGCGAGGCCGAGUGUGUGGCGCGGGCCAAGGUGCUGGCGGAGCAGUUCCUGGAGAAGGUGAAGGGGACGGACGAUUUCAUGUGGAAACCUGAGGAGUCGAGUGUCGCUCCUGAGAGCAACAGCCCGAUGCCGAGGCUCCAGGAGGAGGUGAUCACCGUAUCUAACCAGAGAGACCGCCUGCCGGGCCGAAUGCACCAGUUCUCCAUCCUGAUCAGGCGGCAGGUGUACAAUGACUUCCGGGACCUGGUCACCCUGCUGGUCCACGGCAUGGAGGCCCUGCUGAUGUCCCUGCUGAUCGGGUUCCUGUACUACGGGGCGGGGGAGGAACGCCUCUCCAUCCAGGACACGGUGGCCCUGCUCUACAUGAUCGGGGCCUUGACCCCCUUCGCCGUCGUCCUGGACGUCAUCGCCAAGUGCCACUCUGAAAGAGCAAUGCUGUAUCACGAACUGGAAGACGGCAUGUAUUCAGUCACGUCAUACUUCUUUGCCAAGAUCCUGGGGGAGCUUCCGGAACACUGCGCCUUCACGCUGGUCUACGGCCUGCCCAUCUACUGGCUGGCAGGGCUGAACGAGGCGCCGGAGCGCUUCCUGCUCAACUUCCUGCUGGUCUGGCUGACGGUGUACUGCAGCCGCUCCAUGGCGCUGUUCGUGGCCGCCUCGCUGCCCACGCUGCAGACGUCCGCCUUCAUGGGGAACUCCCUCUUCACCGUCUUCUACCUCACCGGCGGCUUCGUCAUCAGCCUGGAGAACAUGUGGACGGUGGCCUCCUGGUUCUCACACGUGUCCUUCAUGCGCUGGGGGUUCGACGGCAUGCUGCAGGUGCAGUUCCGCGGUCUCAAGUACCAGGUCCAGCUGGGAAACUUAACUCUGAGCGUGGACGGGAUUCAGGUGGUCAACGCCAUGGACAUGAACCAGUACCCUCUAUACUCCUGCUACCUUGUCCAGAUUGCAGUCUGUGUGGCCUUCAUGGGGCUGUACUACCUGUCCCUGCGUUUCAUCAAGCAGAAGUCCAGCCAGGACUGGUGAAACCUCACAUACCCUCGCCUCGUACAACGAGCACUAAGCAAUGUUCACCGGGGCUGUACAAAAUUGCACUACCAUGUCCUGCCGCUGGAUGGCAGCAAAGUACUGCAUUCUCUCUCAAAUGAGAGUUUUUGGCAAACGUUUAAAACAUUUGUCUGGUCGAUAUCUAUCAGUCGCAUUUACUUGCUCCAUUUUCUAUUUGUUUUGUUUUCUUUCUUUUUUAAAUAAUCUUUCUUUUGUAUAUGUAAGAUUAUAAAACCUACAGUGAAACGCUUCUGGUAGGUGUAAUAAAUGAGUCUACCUGGAGGUCCUGUGUCAUUGUAUUAUUCAAAAAGUUUUGCACUGGUGCAAAACCUUGAUACAUUUGUUGUGUAAAAUUUAGUACCACAUAUACCUAUUGUAAUCCAAUGUCUAAGGAGGAUUAAAUUGUUGAAAGAAAUGCAAUAAAAAUCAUCCAAACCUAA